AUGGGAAGAACACCUUGUUGUGAGAAAGUAGGUCUUAAGAGAGGGAGAUGGACUUCAGAAGAAGAUGAAAUCCUCACCAACUAUAUUCAAGCUAAUGGUGAAGGUUCUUGGAGGUCAUUACCCAAAAAUGCUGGGUUACUAAGAUGUGGAAAGAGUUGCAGAUUAAGAUGGAUUAAUUAUUUGAAGACUGAUUUGAAGAGGGGUAACAUAACCUCUGACGAAGAAGCUAUAAUCAUCAAGUUGCGUGCAACUUUGGGUAACAGGUGGUCUUUAAUAGUUGAACAUUUACCAGGUAGAACAGACAAUGAAAUAAAAAACUAUUGGAAUUCUCAUUUGAGCAGAAAAGUAGAUAGCUUAAGAAUUCCAAGUGAUGAAAAGCUACCACAAGCAGUUGUUGAAUUAGCUAAAAAAGGAACACAACAACGUAUUAGCAAACGAGGACGCAGAAGAAAAAUAAAUACUAGCGUUUCAAAUUCUACAAAUGAAAUUACAGUUAAUAAUGACAUCGAGUUUGAUCGUACUGAUGACAAGAUGUUAUGGGAUGACGAUAUUAUGUUAAUGGACGAUAAAUAUGGAGAGCUAGAUCAAGAUUUUAUUACAAAUUGUUUAUGGGACGGAGAAGGAGAAAAUCUUGAAAUAGCUAAUGAUGAUAAUAAUAAUAACAAUAAUAAUGAAAUCUUAAGUGAGGAUAAUUAUGGUAAACUUGAUUGUUGGGAUUGGGAAUAUUUAGGUGAAGUAUUGAAUAAUGAAAUAUGGACAAAUAGUACUAAAGAAGCUGAGCUAGGGAAUAAUAAUAAUAAUAUGUCACUAUGUGACAUUAAUGACAAUAUGCAGAACUGUAUGAACAAAGAAGCAACACCAGAAAAUAUUGAUCCCAUGCAGAGUGAUUUGGUAGCUUGGCUUUUGUCGUAGUUUUGGAAAUAUUACA